AUGCGGCCGCGGCGAGCAAUGACCGCGCCAGGGUCGCUUCCUUUACGAGAAGCGCGGGCCGUCGUACUACAGCCGUCUCACCUCCCCCCACCCCCUCUGUUCUUACUACUUGGCCCUCGGCUGCGACGCGCGCUUUUCGACCCGCAGUCCGUUAGAAAAAUUAAGUACGCCGCAUUCCGCGACCGCUCUCCUGUCUCUAUCGCAAUCGGGCGUCGCGCGCACCUUCCGUCUCGUUCUGCGGCGGUAGCGUGCAUCGCAAGCGUUGUUUGGUCUCCGAAAGGCGGUCGCAACGCGCGAAUCUCGCGCUUCGCCGAGUACUUACUCGAUCAAGUUCUCGAACCACUCACGUGA